GGAGACACCAACAAAUGGAACACAAAUUAACUUAAGCCUACACGAGGCUGGUGACACCUGAAAGAAAGAGGGAAAAGUGGAGAAGCUGUGCUCUGUGCUUUUUGUCUGACCUGUUGGGAGUACAGUUUGGAGCAUGUUUGCUACUUAGCAGGGGACUGAAAUUCAGGCACAAGAGAUUGUAAACAUAAAGAGUGAAUAUGGGUGAAAAAAAGCCAGAACCUUUGGACUUCGUAAAAGAUUUUCAGGAAUAUCUUACACAGCAGACUCACCAUGUAAAUAUGAUUUCUGGAUCAGUUAGCGGAGACAAGGAAGCAGAGACUCUUCAGGGAGCUGGAACAGAGGGUGAUCAGAAUGGUCUGGAUCAUCCUUCUGUUGAAGUUUCACUGGAUGAAAACUCAGGAAUGUUAGUGGAUGGGUUUGAAAGGACAUUUGAUGGAAAGUUGAAGUGUCGAUACUGCAACUACGCCAGCAAAGGAACAGCACGGCUCAUAGAGCAUAUCAGAAUCCAUACAGGUGAGAAGCCGCACAGGUGCCAUCUGUGUCCCUUUGCAUCAGCUUAUGAACGUCACCUGGAAGCUCACAUGCGAUCGCAUACUGGUGAAAAACCAUACAAAUGUGAACUGUGUUCCUUUCGCUGCAGUGACAGAAGCAAUUUAUCUCACCACCGCAGGCGCAAACAUAAAAUGGUGCCUGUCAAGGGUACAAGGUCUUCCCUAAGCAGCAAGAAAAUGUGGGGGGUUUUGCAGAAGAAGACCAGCAAUUUAGGGUACAGCAGAAGAGCAUUAAUUAAUUUGAGUCCACCUUCCAUGGUGGUUCAGAAACCAGACUACCUUAAUGAUUUCACUCACGAAAUCCCAAAUAUCCAGACGGAAGCCUAUGAGAGUAUGACAAAAUCAACCCAGAGCGGUGGGUUGCCAAGAGAUCCACAAGACCUUAUGGUAGAUAAUCCUUUAAACCAGCUCUCUACGUUAGCCGGACAGUUAUCUAGCUUGCCACCUGAAAACCAAAAUCCAGCCUCUCCUGAUGUUGUUUCCUGUCAAGAUGAAAAGCCUUUCAUGAUACAGCAGCCUGCUGCUCCUGCUGUGGUUUCAGCUGUGUCAGCAAAUAUUCCUCAAAAUUCAUCUCCGACCAGCCCAGAUCCUCGGCCUACACACAAUCAAAGGAACUAUAGUCCCGUGGCAGGUCCCAGCAGUGAGCGCAGUGCCCACACCAGUACUCCCAGCAUAAGUAACAGUCAACCGAGUACUCCGGCUCCAACCCUUCCAGUUCAGGACCCUCAGCUUCUGCAUCACUGCCAACACUGUGACAUGUACUUUGCGGACAAUAUCCUUUAUACUAUUCACAUGGGAUGUCAUGGAUUUGAAAAUCCUUUCCAGUGCAACAUAUGUGGGUGUAAGUGUAAAAAUAAGUAUGACUUUGCUUGCCAUUUUGCAAGAGGCCAACAUAGUCAACAUUGACUGAGAACAUGCUUUCAUUUAGUUUUUUAACAUAUUACAAUAUAUUUUUCAUACUUGCUGAAGAAAAGCUUGCACAUUCCCAUAAGGAAUCUUCACAUUAAUCAAUUUGACAAAGGAGGCAAAUUUAUUUCUAUGUUGUAAAACUUGCCAGGGAAAUUUUAUAUAAGAUGUGAUUGUUAUUUUAUAUGUAGCCUUUCAAAAAAGCUGAGAGUGCUAUAAGAAUUGGAAUGCAUUUACAUGCUUUGGUUGCUAAAUUUACGUUGCUUGCACUUAAUCCCAAUAAACAUUCUACAAAUACAGAAGCAGAGCAUGUGUCCUGAAACAUAGGAUGCAAUUAUUGGACCGUUUACUAGGCAAGACCAAAUAUAUUAAUCCUAAAAUACAAAAAGUUAAUUCAGUGGCACGUGGUUACUUUUGAGGCUUACUUAUGCUUAAAAAUUUAGCUACUCCAAACUGGAAAAAGAAACAGACGCAACUUUCACGUACGAAUUCAGUUUGAUGUAAAACUUCCUGUAAUCUGAAGGUUACUAAUAAGUUUUUGCAUAGUAUAGUGAAAACCCUUCAUGCCAGGGCUCAAACACUAAUUUAACCAUUAGUUUUAAAACUCGUCACAAAACUAGAAGAUAACAGGUGAUUAUGAAUGAAACUCUGGUAGGAAAAGAGAGUUAAAAGCUUGUCGUUCGCUAAUUACACAAGAGAAGAAUUAAAUAUGACACCUUAUUUUAAACUACACUUACCAAAAUUUUACAUGUCAUUCUUUUUCAAAGGUAAUUCUUAACAGUCAUAAUAAAGAGCUUGUAGAACUAAUAUAUAUUCUGUGAGAUUUUUAACUGCCUUAAACUAAUUUGUACAGCUGUUUAAAGUUUGCACAAUUGGACUUCUGUCUUGCUGAUAGAAGUUCUAUGAGAAACAAACAAGAGGUUUACAAAUUAAAAAAAAACGUUUGUUCAGUUUUAUCUUGGGCCAAGCUACAACUUACAGGUUGCCUGUAUGUUUGAAAGUUGUAUAAUCUAGUUUACUGUAAACUUCAGCUAACUUGGAAGUCAGUCUGUCUGUCCCUUCCCCCACAUCUGUUGUGGCUUUGGUAGAAAUAAGGGGAAAGGCUUCUGGGUUAUCUGAACUGUUCAUGUGGUAGGUGAAGAAAUACCGGCUGGCUACAUUUGAAGUCGUUGUGAUUAAUAAUUGUCGGUGGCAAAUGGUAACUAAAGAUGUUCAUGAAGUCCAUUGCACAUGUUGGGGUUUUAUUUUACGCUGUACAUCUUACUUUAGAAGCACCUAGGCUAACGAACAGGCACUUUAAUUUAAACCUAAAAUAAAACAUCUUAGCAAAAUUAAUAAAAGCUCUUAAUGUUGCUACACAGGAAUUUGUAAUGUUUCCAAAAAAGUGAAGAACUGUUACUUUUCCUAUAUUUAGACAUGCACUUUUACCUUAGUUUGUCUUACUUGAGGCAAAUUAAAGCUUCCCUUAUGUAUUCUCCUUUUAGUAUCAGCAAAAUAUGGCAAGAGAUAUGUUUUGUUUAAAGCAGGAAGAUUUUAUUCAUGUUGUGCAAGUCAGAGGUUGGAAUCUGAAUAGCAAAUGUUUGGCUUAUUCAAAUCUAUAUUGUUCUGGGAGCUAAAACUUCCUGAAGCUGAUGGAAAAAACUUACAAUGACUUCAGUGUAAGAUCAACGUAGGAGAAACCACCCUUCUGAGAAUUUUAGCUUUAGAAGUAGUUUUGACUUCAGUGAAUUAGAAAUUUGGGAACCAAAUAUGUUUCUCUCUACCUAAUUUACUGACUGUUGAAUUUUCUGUGCUUAAGUAACCAGUUGAAGGAAAUGGGAUUCUUGGCUGCACAUAGUCUUGUAGUAAUGACGUCAAAAAUAUACCACUGAAGUACUUCCAGUGUAGUGAAGAAGAAUGAUAACACACUACCACUCCAGAAACUGUUUUUGGUUUCAGGCCUUGUUCAAACCCCAUUUCAGUGGAUUUGUAAAACAGAAUGUAAUUUCCACUUUUCAUAAUGACACUUUUUAUAGUUCCAAAAUGUCUCUUUGUUGCUUUACACUUUUAAGUUAUAAGCAAAACUGCAACUCUGUGUGCAUAAACGUACAGAGUCCUUCAUUUUAAGGACUAAAAGUUGACUGAACGGGAAUCCCAUUUGGAAGCUACUGCUCCUGUACAGGUUUGCAACAUGACUCUUUUUAGUCAAAGAAUACUGCAGGAGUGACAGCCCUCUUUUGAUUGUGAAUUGGCACAUUCGAAAAAAUCUAAAUUUGGCUAAAAUACAGUAUUAGAUCAACAGAUGUUACUGUUGAAGAGCAUUAGUGAUUUACAGAGAUCAUUUUCCUUGCCUUUUGCUAGCUGCUGCACACUUGUAUUCCUCAGCUGUGGUGGCUCCAAGGAGUAUUCUGAAAUGGUGGGGCUCCAGGAGCACCUUCCAGCACUGAAUGAUGCCGAUCAGAACCCCAGAGUUCUCUUUGGUUUGCGGCUCCAGCCUUUCCCUCUCCUGGUGGCAGUACAGAGAUUAACUCCAAAAUGCACACGUGUGGUUUUGAGAUUUCAUCCAUUCCAUUUAUGCCAUUUCUGAUCCGUUAGGACUUUCACUGACAGUGCCUGUGAACUAUAAACUUUCCUUUUUGUGUCAGCUAAUGAUUUGGCGAUUUAGAAAAAGGACUUCUGAACCAUGAUGCUCCUGAACAAAAUUUUAACUAGCAGAAGAAUUAGAUCACAAAUAGGUCACUGACUGCAAGAAGCCUGUGUGAUCUUACUGAAAAGGGGCCCUCAUUUAGGAGGGGAUCCUCUGUUGCAGGGGAACAUAUGUUCUUAAUUAUAGAACUCAGUAU